AGGGUGUUGAGAAUGACCGGAACGUUCUCUUGAAAGCGAAGAAAUUAGUAAAAUCCAUCAUAUCAUCUGGAAUCGGAUACGCCGACAACGUCAUUGCAUUUUGCGAUUUCCUGGAAAAACUUAGUCAAGUCGCUCUCGAAGGCGAUGAACUGAACGGCACAGACAUGGCUGCGAGUUUAUGCAAAUUCUCCGUCAUUCACAGGGAUCUGGCUAAUAUGUCCAAACAUCUUAUGCAAAAUUUGAAUAGUAUACUCGUUUUUCCGUUGGAAACUUUCAUGCAAGGAGAUGCCAAAGCGGAUCUAAAGAAACCAUUUGAGAAAGCAUUGAGAGAAUAUGAAUGGAAAUAUGACAAGUUGCGCAAAGAAAAGGUGCAACUAAUGAAAGAAACCGGCAUUUUUACGCCGGAGGCAUUCACUGCGGAAAUGAUUGAGGAUCUGGAAAAGGAGCGUCGCAAAUUGCAGCUGGAGACCUGUGAGUAUCUAAUCAAAGUUGGCGAGCUGAAGGCCAAACGGAGUGCGGAUUUGCUUCAACAUCUUAUCGAUUUUUAUUACGCUCAGAAUCAUUGCCUCCGAGAGUGCUUGGGCGUCAUGGAUCACUUUGGAAAGUCUAUGAACGAGCUCACUGCCCGGGUUGGUGCUUUGCAAAAGUCGCAUGAUACACAACGGCGCCGGCUGCUGGAUACGCGCGAGGAGAUUCGAUUCUUGUUGGAGAAGGAUUCCUCACAGUCUGGAGUGACGUAUGCAGCUCCCCCAGCUCAAACAAAUCGUUCGUAUGGUACUCGAAAAAGUGGAUUUCUCCUGAAGAAGUCCGAUGGAAAGGUAAAGCGUGUGUGGCAAAGGCGCAAGGUUCGCAUUGGUGAUGGCGAACUUUGUCUGUAUCACGCAGACGAAACCAAGCCACCGGUUCGCCUUGCCCUGCUCACUUGUCAGAUCAAACUCCCUUUCGAAUCCACCGGACAGCAACCGGAAACGUCGGAUAUCUCCGCUGUUGCUCAUCCCAUCUCUGAACUACGGAAUCAUUUUGAUCUCAUUUCCAAUAGCCGAACAUACAAUUUCCAAGCGGAAGAUGAUCAAGAAUUUGAGGAAUGGAUCCAUGUGCUUAACAACGCACUGCAGGAAGAAUUUCAAAGGGCGUUAAAUUCUAAUGAUUCAUCCGUUUCAACCCUCCCUAACUGCUUACCAAACAACAGGAAUAACAGCAAUUCCAACAUUCCCUUCGAAGUGGACCCUCGUCAUGGCUCUUCCCGGUCUCGACCUCCGCUUAACUCCGCCCUCCAAAGAAUCGAAAGUGGUAGUGGCGGUGGUGGUUCGAUUUCCGGGGAUAGUCUACCCGGCAGUGACAACUACCUUCUGGACCACAGCUCGCCCACUUCCUUCUCCCAGGAUAGCCGACUCAGUCGUUUGGGCAGCGCCGACAUUUUGGCCGUCGGUGGGACUGCUUUGACUACGGCAGAUACCUCGGAACAUCUUACCGGCAAAUCAUUGCGCCAUUUCGUCCAGUCUUCGCUCCGUUCACAUCCUGGAAACGAAAUUUGCGCUGACUGUGGCCGGCCAGAUCCGGAAUGGGUUAGUGUGAAUCUUGGCGUUCUGAUUUGCUUGGAAUGUUGCGGAGCUCACAGGGAGCUGGGUGUUCACUGCUCACGUACCCAAUCCUUAAUGAUGGACGAAUUGUCGACAAGCCAAUUACUGAUCCCUCGUUUUGUGGGCAACCGUUUGUUCAAUGAGGUUUUCGAAUCGUCGCUUGCUAGCGGUGUCAAACCGAAAGCCGCCGACAAUGUCACCGACGGAUCAAACAUGUUACAGAGACGGAGCUUCAUUAAGGCUAAAUACGUUAAUCGGAAAUUCGUCACUUCUACAACACGCGUAUUUCGCACUGAUUCCUCUACAUCGCUUCCAAAUGGUGAAGAACAACGACAUUCGAACAUUGAGGAUACUUUGUCCGAACGCUUUUUGCGCCGGGACCUUCUACGUGCAGUAAAACAGCGUGACCUGGCCGCAUUGUUACAGGUUUUUGCCGAAAGAUUUAAUUUGAUGACUCCAUUUCAUCCUGAAGACGAUGACGAUGGCACUUUUGGCCAAAUCUCUGGAAUGACCGCUCUUCAUGUGGCAGUCCAGUGCCGAUCCAUCAACGAGCUCUCCUCCCCGCUGCCUUUGAUUGAGUUUAUUCUUCAAAAUUCGCCCUUCUCCCAUAUUCAGCGUACUAACAGCCGUGGUGAAACUGCCCUCCAUCACGCUAUGCGCUGUGGAUCUGCUGACGCUUUAAAGCUUCUUCUUCAGGCGGGUGGUCUUCCUACACCAAUGUUACACUUGCGAAACAACGAUGGACAGACGGCUUUAAAGUUGGGAGAAGAUCUGUUGGAAGAAAAAUCUGUGUUGAAUGGUAAUCUGUUGACCGAUUAUGAGAAUUGUACACACCUUUUGAGGAUGGCCGAGCAUGUUGCGUCCACUUCAAGCAAUGCUGAACAACCAGAUCCUUUGUUCUCUGGGAGUGAUGCCGUGGAACGUAGCCUUGCGUCUAGGAGCACUUUGCAGAAAGUCGUAGACGAACUAAACUCCGUCAAUUGGCUCACUGCUCCUCCUCCUUUCUUAUCUGCGCUUCACGGACGCACGGAUUCUCCUGGUGGGAAUCCUUCGCUCUCCACAGCCACCACUGAACCAAUGGGGUCACGAAUUUCGACUACUGCGAAGAAACUCUUUGGUCAUAAUACAAAGGAGCCAUCUGACACUUACAAACUAACUGUAAACGUCGGUGAUCAAGUGGAUUCUUGUUUCAAUCGUCUUUUUUCUGGUGGUACCAUGGCGACCUUACCUCGUAAAAAGGGUCCUGCUCCCCUUCCUCCUCCCACAGAUCCGAUGGGGCUCGAAAUCCCUUUCGAGAGUCCUCAUUGGACCUCGAAAAGUGCACGAAACGCAUAUUUUUCGUGUACCCCCAAAACCACCUUUACACUUCUCACCUCUACCGAUCGCGCCCAGCUAACAGGCACCCCUUCCGCGCGUACUUCCCACACGCACGUUCCUGCGUCUCCGUCAAAGGCAAAGGAGGUAUUGUUUCCCUUACAACAGGAAGACGCAUCAUCACUCCGAGACAUGUCGCGUGAGAGGCUGUCGAAACCUACUGAUACACGACCUAAAUCGAUUACUUCGUCAACUGCAAGCCACUUGGACACCGCAGAUAAGACCGUCGACAAACAGAGCUGUCGAAGGGUGUACCAUUCCAAUGAACAUAUCGACGUUUUGUUGGACGUGUUGGAAGAAAAGCCACUUGUUGAAUCUUCAGCUGCACCCGUUUCCUCAGAUUCUAUUUCCGGCCAGUCACCGCCACCUAUACCGCCCAAACCGCAAGUCCCAUCUGCCCUGUUGUGUUCCACCUUUCCGUCCAGAGGCUCAUCUCGUUCCAACCCCCAGGAGAGUUCACCGGUCGACCGGAUUGAUUCUCCCGACCCGAAACAGACGAAACCCGUGCUCCCGGUAACACCACGAUCGUCCAGAUUUUCACUUCUAGGUAAUAAGAAACUUUCCAGAGCUUUAUCAACCCCUACGAGUCAAGAUAUCGAUAGUGUACAGUCAAAUGCUUCGGUGGCCGACCCACGGUCCGCUCAAAGUGAAACACCCCUGGUACCUAGCGAGCUGGGCACUCUUUUCGAGGCGCUCUACGACUGUGAAGCCGGACGCGCUGAUGAGCUCACUUUCCGUCGUGGCGAAAUCAUCCAGCUCACGGCCCGUUCAGAGGACGAGUGGUGGAUGAAUGUUCUCGCAACAAUCCCUUGAGGGAUGCAUUCAACACGAACCUUGGCGUCGGGGCUUCUUCCCCAUCACUUAUGUGAGGUGCGCGUCUUCACGGAUGCAUGGACCCACGUGAUUGUUCUCGCGCAUUUUCCGCUUUCAUUCCGCCGUCGCCACUCCGUGUGCCAGGAUAUUGAUUGUAAUCCCUAUCCCAAACAUCCGGUGUUAUCAGCCCAGAAGCUGAAGCCGCCUAGCUUAUGUUACUACUUUGUCGCUGCACAUGUGGCAGGAGCUAUGCAUUUACCUUCCAUAUGCUGUGUCUAAACUGUGAUGCUGUUUCCCAUCUCUAGACAAAGUCUUCCGUAGGAUUUUAUCCCGUUGGAUGCGUUGUUCUCUUUGUUCACAUGUUAUUUGCAACUUUUUAACUCCAAACCCCUUUGGGCUUACUACAUUCUUUGUAUUCUUUAAGUUCUUUUGAAUUUCACCCGGACGCACCACGGUCAAAUAUUUCGUCGUCUUUAGUCCUUUUGCAGAUUUGUUUCUCGUGCCGUUUCAUACGCGAAACCAUGAAUAUCUAAUAUCUCGUUCAUCAGUCAUAAUAAUAUAGCACUUCGUUGAUU